AAUUAUACAUGCAGAUAAUCACUGUUAUCAGCACGUUUCGGUUUGACAUUUAUUUUAGUUUAAUUGUAUUGUGCCUCAAAAAGUGUAAUUAUGUUGCGAGCCGUUUCAUCAACGAUUUACGACUAGUUGUAAAUUACGAUUUACAUACAUUACGACGUUUCAGUGAAAUAGCGUUUCAUCAAGCAAAUCGUAAAUUCAUCUUACAUAAAUUUCAUACAUAAAUAUACGACUAGGCAACCGUAAAUUAACGUAAAAGUGGCGGUCGUUUUCCUCGUCGACGAUGAAAGAAGACGCAAAGUACCGAUUCCAAGGCUGUUUAGAGAGAGAAUAGUUCUCGAAAACUUAAGAGAUGAGGACAUUGUAUCCAGAUAUCGUUUAAGUAGGGGCGGUAUAGAGCGUUUGGUGGUUUUGAUUGGGGAAGAAAUAGCACCAACUUGCCGGCGAUCUCAUGCCAUUGAUCCCCUCACAGAGAUUUUAGCAUCAUUGAGGUAUCUUGCUAAGGGAGAUUUUUACUCGGAAGUGGGUGAUAUCCACGGAAUAAGCAAAUCAAGCUUCUGUCGGAUUUUACAGAAGUUCAUCUCAGCUGUAAAUCAAAAGUUGAAAAAUAUCAGGAGUCACAAGAGUGUGUUGUGUUCACUUUAUCAAAGCGGUCGAACACCAGAUUGUAUCAGGACUUGAAACAAACAUUCAGGCUUCGAUUAGGUGGGCUCUUUUUUGUGUCAGACGAGCGUACUUUGAGAUUACUCCAUCGAAGCGGUCCAACAUAAACGAUAUCAAAAACUUCAAACAAAAAUCAUGCAGAUUCCAGAGCACUUCACAGAAUUAUCUAUCCGGAUGUCUGAAGCACUUGAUGACAGUGGAGCUGAUAAGGAAACUGUAUUGGAGCGGAGGAGAACGUACUUGCUGAGGGAGCUAAUUGAGCAGAUAAAAUAUCAACUAGAAGGACAAAACGUUGAAUGUUUUCAUUUCGGAAGCCAGUCGGAAGCGACCACAACUCCCGGUCUCCAGUCGGAUAUUGAUUUUCUAGGAAGUUACCACCAAUUUAAUAUAAUGACCAUCUGGGAAGACUGGAAGGCUUCGAUGGAUAACUUACUGAUGCUCCGCGACGACACCAUUCCACCACAACAGUACUUGCUACAAGUCAUCGAAAAAAAAACACCGGAACCGGUGACCAGUCUGAUCAAUGACGAGUUCGUAGCAAAAGAUACUGGGCAAGUACUGUUAAGUGCUGAAAAAUGCAAACAGCGCAUCGAGUAUGAGCAUAAGGUAAAAACUUGUGGAGAUGUAACCAAAAAUGGGCCUUCUGUGAGUUUUUUUACCUAACUGGGAUUUUGUACACGCAUGUCAUGUGCUCAAACCUCUUCCUGAAAUACAACACUGGAUAGACAGAUGUAGAGGUAGACCAUGGCCGCCUGUUCAUUUACUUGAGGCUGCACGGGUAGCGCCGUGUUUCCUGGUACCAGCCGGUCAUCCAGACAGUGACUACAAGCGCGAAGAAUGGCGACUGUCUCCAAACCUGAUAGAACGGAUGUUGAUGUUUAGCUUUAAUAUGACACAAAUAAAAUGUUACAUUUUGUUUAAACUAAUAAAAAAAUCAUUAUUCGCUAAAAUUGUAGGAGAAUCUAUUACAAGCUUUCAUUGUAAAACUAUAAUGUUUUACACCAUAGAAAGAACACCACCUUCUCUAUGGUGCGAACACAACCUUAUGUUUCUUCUUUUGCUCUGUUUACACGUAUUAAAGCGAUGGCUGCGAUUGGGAAGGCUCCCGCAUUAUAUCAUAGAAGGAGUGAACUUGUUCGAUGGGAAACUCUCAAAGUCGCUUCAGAAACGCCUUCUAGUGUAUAUAGACUCAUUGAUACGGGACAACUUGCAAGAUGUAUUUUAUAUUGGUAUAGAUAAUAUAGGAUAUCGGUUACAAGCGUGUAGUAUGCGGCAUAUUGUACAGGCUGGAGAACUAAGAGGUGUUUGCUUACGUAACAGCAUCAAAUUACUGCUGAAGUUUGAGUGUUGGAAAAGGUUGUCAAAGUUACAAUUACAACAUCAUCAACGCAUUUCUCAUACAACCUUCGAGCAAGAUUUAAAAUAUGUUAUAUACAAAUUUUAUGAAAACUCAACGAAUGUCAUACUGAAAUCUGCUGCUAUCGAAUGGAUUAAACACCUUUAUGCGUUACACAUUUCUAUGCAAGGAUCUUCUUAUUUGCGACUACGAAACGUUCUUGACAGCGAAAAUAUAAGGCGUGUUAAAUAUUCCUUAAAUUCGGAUGUAGCUUCUAGUCGCUUAAAGUUUGCUUCUAUGUUGUACUGUGGUGGUCAUCUUCGAGCGGCAGUUCGAGUGUUGAAGGAUGUAGAGGGGAGGUAUCACAGCAAUGUCAAGACUGUGUGUGGAUGUAGAAUAAUACAGGGAGACAGGGAUCUGAAGGUGUUUGCUAAUAUGCUAUCAGGCAACACUGAUAACGAAUUCAGUAAAUAUUUGACAUUCUGUGUCAAGUUAUUAAGGCAAGAAUCGUACUGCACUCCUUUCAUAUUGCUGUUUGAAAUGAAUCGCAAUAUCAGUGAAGAGGAAGUUGCACAGAGAAGUCUCGUUGGGAAACAGUGGAUGGACAUUGCUGAGGUUGAUGCUCGUCCAUUCCUACACUAUCUUCAGUACCUCACCUAUGGGGGACUCGGUGAACGUGGCAAUCAGCUAUAUGCGUUGAGAUUCUUAAAUUCUUACAUCUGUGAUGCAAGAAAUAGGAUACACAUGUAUCACUUUGAGACUUCACUGAACUUGUUGGGACACUGCUAUGAAAUGGAAGGAAACUAUGAAAGUGCGUUAUAUUACUACGAGAAAUCGUUGCUUCGGUUCAGCACAAACAAUGCCGCUAAUUGGCACGUCCGGCGUGUUCUGCGUAUUAUAAGUGGUUAAAAAUACUAUCUAGAAAGUUGUUUAACAAUUUGCUUAUGAUGGCAGUAAACAUAAUGACGUUUUUGAUUGAAUAUAAAAAAUUAAUAGUUUAUUGUAAUUUUUAUAUGUAAACCCAGUAUGAAUAGAAUUCAAAUUAUUUCAAAGUAUCAUAAUGACAAUGUAUUUUAGAUCAAGUCAUAACGCAACUUCAGUAAUUUUAAGGAUAAUGAUACCUUAAAUUGUCCACAACUAUUGUGAAAGGAUUUAUUUUUAAUUAAUUGUAUUAUGCGCGGCAUAUGUAUGAAUUUCAGUUUAUAUGUCAGUGUUUAAACUACAUUUAACACUGGUAUUUAUAGAUGAGAUCAGAUGUCGUUGUUCCUGUUCGUUACAAUUUUUGCUCAAUAGAUUUUCUGAAAGCUCUUUUCAUACGACUCUAAUUCUUAUUUAUACUAACAACAAUAGGGACACUUAGGUAUAAUUGUUUUCUGAAAAAUAAUCUAUGUUACAUAUCUAUGUUACCAAGAUAUGUAUAGAUACAUUACAGCUUAACAUAUAAAGUUUAAGGUCAUUUGUUGACAUUAUAUAUGACAAUUGAACAGAGAAAUUACACGGACAUAUUUACUCAGAUCCACUGAUUAUGAAUAUUGCUGAAUCAUGCUUGUGUUUGCCACUUCAAAAAUUGAGCAUCGAUCUUAGAAAAUUUGGUCUAGUACAUGUGCGUGAAGUGUUGAAGAGAUGACACUUCGUUUUCGUGGUAUUUAUCGUUAAAAGCAAGCCCCCUUUUCGUGAAUCCAGAGUUAUUUGAACGUGUCGUUCCUGAUUACCUUGUGCAAAGUGCACAUGCUUAUCUUGGACGGCACUUAAUGCGCACGCAUGAAGCCCCUGUUAUAAAGAGCUCAAUUGAAUAAAGCAUUCAUGUAUAAACACAACCGAGAGGUUCAGUGUUUAAAAAAAUUAUAUGUAAGACUUAACUGUAAGUUAAAUGAAAUAGUUUCUGCGUGAGACUGUUUUAAGUUAAACAUAUGUAUUUGCAUGUAACAAGUUAACGUGACUGACAACGGCGAUUUUUUUUAAAUAUACGUCUAAAACACUUGCGCCUUUGUAAAGCACAAUUUGUACAAUAUAAACAACAUUAAUAUAUCAGUAAUUGAACACUUUCUUUGAACACAUGUUAAAAACGGAAUAAUUCAAAACUCGAAUAAAAACUAUAAUGCAGACCAUUACCAACUAGUGUGUGUGAGCUUGUUAAAACAUAUUAGCUGCGCUCUCGGAAAACUGGGCUAAUUGCAAGUGCGUAAUGUAAAUGGAACAUCAAAUCGCUAUACUUUCAGGUAGAAAAUUGAUGUCACACUUAUUUAUAGCAAACUGGCAAAUGUCAGUAGCAUUUUCUGACUUGCAGGAAAGAUUUUCAAACUUACUGCGUACGUUACACAUGUGUGGCUAGUUAAUUAAAACGAUUUCCUUUCUAUCAUGGACACUAUACGAUUUCGGUAGUUUGGCGCACAAAACAAGACCAAUGUCACUUACCGAUAAGUUUUAAUUAAUUUCUUUCCCAAUAAUUCGUGUUAUUUGAUAUCAAAACGUUGUUAUCAAUAUAAGUCGUUUAUAGAAUGUACAUUCCGUCUUUCCCUGACGAUUUAUUAGCCAAGCUCUGACCCUAAAAGACUUGGGAAUGUUAUUUACCGGUAAUCAUUAUUGUAACUUUAUACAUUUCUUUGAUAUGUAUUUUAACAUUUCAUAUUUUGUUUAUAAACUGUUUCUUCCUCUUUUGACUUAAUGAUUGAAUUUUAUGUAUAAAAUUACAUUUCUAAU